UCUCUUUCUGUUGGUCAGUCAAUCAGGUCUGUUUAAGACAAGAGAGAGGGAGUGCCUGCUGGACUGACAGACAGACAGACAGAAGACAGAGGAUCAGAGGUGGUGGAGAUCUGCACAGGUGCAGACCUUGUGGACACAGCUGAGACGAAGACAAAGGGGGAGUACCUAGAAAAUAAGGACAAAUAAGAAGAGAGAUUCUCUUCACCUGUGCUAAACAUACCUUGACUGACAGACAAACCUAUCCUUCGGUUCCUCCAUUGGCCUACAUAGCUGUCAAUCACUUUGAGGACUACCAUUUGCGACAUCUCAACCGAUAAAGACGAUAGUCCCUCCCCUUUCCCUUUACCCGAAGACUUCUUCCCUUUUCCUGUCGAAAACAUGCCUCUGCUCCGCCCCUUCCUGUUCCUGCUCCUGGCAAGCCCCGCCCUCUUCACCUCACCUGACUCCUCCCUGCAGACCGGGGUUCAAAGGUCACCCAGGGACGCCAGCCAGCCAAUCAAAGUGCAAAUCUCUGAAGGGUGUGUCCAAAUGGGGGACUCCUCUGACUCAAGCCAAUCAGGAGGAGUCAAGGAGCUAGACUUGGAACCCGGGUCGCCUCUGAUCCUUACCCACCGGAUCCGGCUGAUGCCCAGCUCGGGGUCCGGCUCGGGGUCGUGCGGGUGCGAGGCGGACUUCGAGGCCCUGAAGGCUCGCAUCGAGAGGCUGGAGAGAGAGGUGUCGGAGCUGAGGGAGAAGUGUGGAGGACCGGAGGGGGGAUGCUGCACCUCCCAGUCCAGCACAGGUUCUCACUGCACACGCCCAGAGUGUCCUAACGAGUGCAGUGACCAGGGCAGGUGUGAGGAUGGGAAGUGUGUGUGCUUCCCUGGCUUCAGCGGGCCUGACUGCAGCAUGUCUGACUGCCCCGGCAACUGCCACGACAAGGGCAAGUGUGUGAACGGACAGUGUGUGUGUGAUCCCGGUUUUACCGGUCCCGACUGCUCCCAGAGUGCCUGUCCCGGUAACUGCAACAACAAGGGCAAGUGUGUUAACGGCAAGUGUGUGUGUGACACCGGUUUUACCGGACCAGACUGCUCUCAGAGCUCCUGUCCCGGUAACUGCAACAACAAGGGUCGGUGUGUUAACGCAAAGUGUGUGUGUGACACCGGUUUCACCGGACCAGACUGCUCAACCAAAGCCUGUCCCGGUAACUGCAACAACAAGGGUCGGUGUGUUAACGGCAAGUGUGUGUGUGACACCGGUUUCACCGGACCUGACUGCUCAACCAAAGCCUGUCCCGGUAACUGCAACAACAAGGGUCGGUGUGUUAACGGCAAGUGUGUGUGUGACACCGGUUUCACCGGACCUGACUGCUCAACCAAGGCCUGUCCCGGUAACUGCAACAACAAGGGAAAGUGUGUUAACGGCAAGUGUGUGUGUGACACCGGUUUCACCGGACCUGACUGCUCAACCAAGGCCUGUCCCGGUAACUGCAACAACAAGGGUCGGUGUGUUAACGGCAAGUGUGUGUGUGACACCGGUUUUACCGGUCCUGACUGUUUGACAAAAUCCUGUCCCGGUGACUGCAGCGACCGGGGGCAGUGUGUGGACGGCAAAUGUGUGUGUGCCACCGGAUUUACCGGACCUGACUGCUCCCAGAAUGCCUGUCCCGGUAACUGCAACAACAAAGGCAAGUGUGUUAACGGCAAGUGUGUGUGUGACAUCGGCUUCACCGGACCCGACUGUUCCCAGAGCUCCUGUCCCGGUAACUGCAACAACAAGGGCCGGUGCGUGCGGGGGAAGUGUGUGUGUCGGCGUGGGUUCACCGGGCCUGACUGCAGCGAGUGUGAGGCCGGCUUCACCGGAGCAGACUGCAGUACCGCCAUGACAGGUGUGUCUGAACUCAGCACCAAGGAUAUCACGGAGGACUCAGUCACCUUGUUCUGGACCCCCCCUGCUGUGCAGUAUGACACCUACCACAUCACCUUCACCAGCAAGAAAGAGAGUGACCAGCAGGUUACAGCUCAGGUGGACGGGAAGCAGAGCACAUUCCCCCAGAGCGGGCUGGCGGCAGGCCAGGAGUACACCGUCACCGUCCAGGGAGAGGUGGGAGGGAAGAGAGGAGGCGAGAGCUCCGCCGAGUUCCAAACACUCAUCUCUGGUCCUAAAAACCUCCAUGUUGUCAAGACAACCACCACAUCUGUGGUCGUCCAAUGGGAGCAGCCACAGGGAGAGAUUGACAGGUACCGCUUGAGUGUAGCACCCAAUGAAGCAGCCGGGUCAGCCAAGGGCAGUCAGGAACUGACCCUGCCUCCCGAGAGAGACUCUGCCCAGAUUGACGGUUUGGUGCCAGGUGUCCUCUAUGACAUCACUCUCGUGGCAGAGAGGGGGAGGAGCAAGAGCAAGCCAGCUACCGUCCAAGCAACGCCAGGGAAGCCCACAAAGACAAUAUCCAGGGUUACCAUGGAAACUGUGACCACGCAGGUAAUCCCCCAGCAGGAAGUCGGCGAGGGAGGGGACCCGGAAGUGAAAACCCACCACGAGACGACCAUCUCCGCUGCCAUCACUCCCUGGCUGGGGGCACAGGGGAGGCGGGGAAACGCAAGUGACCUCAUUUCUGAGAGGGUUGGAGGAACGGUUCAGCUCAGAUCCGGAGAGGGCACAUCCGUGACUGCCCGUACCAGGCCACUGGCCGACACCAAAGAUAGGGUUGUAUCUAAACCAGGCAUGAAAUGGACACCAGCCAGAAAACCCAACACUGUGGGUUCUUUACGACAAAAUGGCACCCGUGUGGGGCCUGGACAGAGGCUGGGUCCUCUCAGAAGGCCCAUGAACAGGCCUCUGCAGACGGGCUUGAAGGAGAGGAAGACCCUGGGAACCGGAGACUCUCAGCCAGAACAUCCACAGGUAGGGGACAGGACGCUGGCCUUGACAGUGAAGAAUCUUAACCUGGAGGAGACAAGCUUUGAAGAGGAAGACGGCCCUGGAAGAAGGACUGGGCCACAUCCUGACAGAGGCCAUCUUGAGAAGGUCGUCCCUCAUGGACUCCAUUCAGAAAAGCUUGAUGUGAGCUCCAGUUCUAAGGAGGAGGCAGUCGCUCCAGACUUCAACGAUCCAUCAGGAGAGAGUACGAAGAAGGCACCUAAUAGGACAGAGCUGAGGGGAAAUAAUUCCACUGCACACCCCAAUGGCAAAAAAUGUUUCAAAAAGCUUAAAGUGACACAUAUUAGGGUUGGAGGGCAACAACAGGGAGAUACAGGAGGGAGUAGCGCAGUGAAUGGUGAACCAGAAUCAGAGAAAGUGCCAAAAGUCGGCAUCACCACGCUAUCUCUGACAGGAGAUGUAAAACAGACCGAAAUUCUGGAGCGCAACUUGAUUGACAUACUGACAAAAUCAGAGGAAGAUUCUUCACAACACUCCUCAGACUGUCCUACACAUAUGAUCCCAAGCUUUUAUCCAAUCCCAUCUUAUCCUUUAACAGAUUCUUCUUCCCACUCACAAUCCUCUUCCUCUUCAGCUCAGGCAAAACAAGAGAAAUCAAUGACAGGAACCCCUGUAAGUCAACCAACCACGGACCAACUUUCCCAUCGAACCACGCUCUCUUCGACUCCGUCACAUCCGACAAACCUCCCUCCUGAUGCCGAGAAGGAAAGGGAGCCAAUGUCGUCAUCUGAAUCUUCAUCAUCAUCUUCUUCUACCUCAGAGAGAUCGCAUUUGGUUGACGUGACAGACGUCGGGGCUAGCAGGGAGGCAGAGAGCGAUGAGGGUGGGGUGGGAGAGCUUGGUCAAGGUAAAGUGGGAGACAGGAGUGCUGCCCAGGCAUCGCCUGAAACUGGAGGAACUCAGUCGAGACCACAGGGAGGAGGUGGCACACCCCUUUUUUUUAGACGCCCAAAUCCUAAGGGAACCUACCCUCGCCGCCAGCACCCAAAUAUGGGACAGCCACAGAACAGGACACGUUUAAAUAUGGGUCCAUUACAAAGACCGCGGCGGCCAAAUAUGGGCACAUUUCAGAACAGGACACAUCUCAAUACAGGACCAAUUCGGGGUGGUGCACAUCUAAAUAUUGGAUCACUUAAAAACAAGACACAUCCAAAUGUUGCAGAAGAUACGAAACACCCAAACAUGGAACAGGACAGAACACAUCCAAGUAUGGAACAGUCUCAGAACAGAACACAGCCAAAUAUUGGCUUCUUUCAAAACAGGACUCGUCCAAAUCUCAGACAUCCUCAGCAUCCACACAGAGGUCCCCAACGCCGACCUUUCCCACAUAGACCAUCCAAUGGAGUCAAAGGCACGGUUGUCGGUAUCCAAACCAGCCAAUCAAAAGAGGAGGGCGUGGACUAUGAAAGGAGCACAGAAACAGAGACAGACACUGCCUUUCAACCCCACACUCCCUUUAAGGGCAAGCAGACCCCAGUCAGUGAUCUAUCACAGGGUCACACCCAAAUAAGAAACAACAACAGCCAGAGCGAAUGGGGCCUGGAUUCCAAACCGGGUCAUGGGGGAAAGGAGAGGGGAAAAGUGAUCGAGAAUCUUGAUGACUUGGACUCAGAGAGAGGUGGUGAGGACAUGAGGAAAGCGUUGGGGUCUGACAUCACCACCACAGCUGAGGACACAGGGAAGUCUCUGGACUCCGUGGGUGUACAGGACGUGACCUCACAGGGGUUUACACUGGUCUGGGGAGCUCCCGAGGGGACGUACAAAAACUUUGUUGUGACUCAGAGAGAGCAGGGCGGAGAACCUGAGGGCCGGGAGGAGACCGAGGGGGUAAAGGAGGAGGAGGAUGGGUCUGAGGGGGUUAGCAAGGAAGAGAGUGAAGAAAAAGAGGAGGAAGAUAAAAUUGGGGGAGAAAGCAAAAAUCGAAAGGAAAAUCUGGAAAGCAACGUUCUAGAGGGCAGAGAUAAAGAAGGAAAGGAAGGAAAAAGUGAUGUCUUCCAAACUCAGAGGGGCAACAGCAGAGGCGCAGCUAAACUUGGCGACACGGGAAGCGCGAAAGAAUUCUCCAAGGUCCUUCCUGGGUCUGCCCGCUCCUUCCAGUUCCAGAAUCUUCCUUCCCAGACCAGCUUCUCCCUCUGGUUGGUCGGGAGGGGACCUGGCAUACGCUCCAAAAUACAUAGACUGGUCAUCAGCACAGGUCCCGAGCCUCCAUCUGACCUGGUCUUCAGCGAGGUGACGGAGAACUCGGUGACAGUGUCCUGGACCAGACCCAAGAGCUCCGUCAGUGGCUUCAAGGUCACCUACACCCACACGCAGGACGGCGAGCCGGUAUCCGUGGCGGUGGGCUCGGAGGAUUCCACACUGGGGCUGGCAAAGCUCUCCCCAGGCUCCACUUACGAGGUCAGCGUCAUAUCCGUCCUCGGAUUGGACGAGAGCGACCCCAUCAAUGACUUUGUCACCACACUCCCAGACCCACCAACGGAUCUGAGGGCGAUAAACGUGACGGACACCAAGGCCUUGUUGCUAUGGCGACCUGCCUUGGCAACGGUUGACCGCUACGUCAUCAUUUAUGGCACAGGGAAAGGUCCCGGGCUGACAGUGAAGGUGUCGGGUAACGCAGCAGAGCAGCAGCUCCAGGGCCUGCAGGGCUCCACGUCCUACACCGUCACCAUCACCAGCCAGCUGGGGGACGUCAGCAGCUCCGAGGCCUCCACCACCUUCACCACCUCCAGCGGCUCUGGAGGAGACAGGGAGGGCCCGCGGGACCUGAAGGCCAGCCAGGUGACCCCUCGCUCGGCCCUGGUGUCCUGGAAGGCCUCCUCCUCCCCCGUGGGAAGCUACAAACUCACCUACUUUACAGAGGGCCAGGAGAUGAAGGAAAUCACCCUCGACCCCACAGUGACGGAGUACAAGCUGACCAGGCUGAGGCCCACGUCCAAGUACACGGUGAAGCUUCAAGGGGAGAGGGGCGGUCGCUACACCUCCACCAUCUCCACUGAGUUCACCACAGGUACUCUACGAUUCCCCUUCCCCAGCGACUGCUCCCAGGAGCUGCUGAACGGCAUCCUGGACUCUGGGGAGGUGGACAUCUUCCCCAAGGGCAAGGAGGGCCCACCUCUGCAGGUCUACUGUGACAUGGAGACAGACGGGGGAGGAUGGACGGUCUUCCAGCGGAGGAGGGACGGCAGUACAGACUUCUUCAGAGACAGGAAGACCUACAGUGCCGGCUUUGGAGAGCUAAACAACGAGUUCUGGCUGGGUAACGAGAACCUGUACAUCCUGACCAGCAUGGCCCCGAUGACGCUGCGCGUGGACCUGAGGGCGGGGUCUGAGGCUGUCUACGCCAAAUACUCCUCCUUCUCUGUGGAGAAGAGGAAGUACGUGCUUAGGGUGUCGGGCUACUCCGGCACGGCAGGAGACUCUAUGAGUUACCACAGCGACCAGCCUUUCUCCACCAAAGACUACAACCCCAACCGCUGGUCCAUCACAGUGUGUGCCAUGUCCUACAGGGGGGGCUGGUGGUACAAGAACUGUCACGAGGCCAACCUCAACGGCCUCUACGGGGUCACUGAGAACCACCAGGGAGUCAUCUGGACGGCCUGGAAAGGAAAUGACUUCUCCAUUCCCUUCACUGAGAUGAAGUUCAGGCCCACAGCGUUCAACCCCCCCGCUAGGGGGUGAGGAGGGGGGGGGCAGGAGACUGAGGAGGAGGGAGGCACUCUUUGUGAACACACGGACACACACACACAACUCUCAAACAUCCACACACACACGCACUCACAUACACUCUCAAACGUCCACACGCACACCCACACUCUCAAACGUCUGCACACAAACAGGCUCACACACACCCUCUCAAACGUCCACACACUCAAUUUUCACACACAUACUCUUACCGAACUGUCACAGAACACACUCCUACUUGGUAGUUUAAGAAUAUCACAGUGCCUUGUCCAAAUCCAAGAUUAAAGCAGACCUUUUUUCAAAUGUAUAGAGGACAGUUAUCAGUAUCUUACUGUAUAUUGUACAGAUUCUAGAUUAUAAUGUUUUAGUUUUGUUUUUUUGCUAUUUCCACGCUGUUCUUUAGAUUUUGUACUUAUCUACGUGUUGUGACACCACUCAUGUCAGCUGUAAAAAAUAUAUGCACUGUCCUCUCUCAAUGACGGUACGAGUGUAGGAAUGAGCAGGUGAAUUACGUCUUUCUGUUCGUACUUGACUGAUAAUUAUCAACUUUCUGUUUUUUUCUGUGUACUUGUCGUUUGGUCUUUGAGUUGCUCUGUUGCCCCUAGUAAGGCUACAAAAAAAUACAAAAUAAAGGUGAAAAGAGAACGUA